AACCUUGUGUGCGGCAAUGCCUGGAUGCUGGAUCUCUCACAGGCUAUCCUCAAUCUGGGGUUUCUGGCCGGCGCGUUCACCCUGGGCUACGCUGCAGACAGAUAUGGCAGAAUCCUCAUCUACCUGCUCUCCUGUCUCGGGGUUGGGAUAUGUGGUAUCAUAGUGGCAUUCGCACCAAACUUUACUGUAUUUUUGAUCUUCCGUUUUCUCCAAGGUCUGUUUGGCAAAGGAACCUGGAUGACAUGCUACGUGAUCGUGACGGAGAUCGUUGGCUCUGACCAGCGGAUUGUUGGGAUUGUGAUUCAGAUCUUCUUCAGUCUGGGAACUAUGAUUCUUCCUGGAAUUGCAUACCUGGUUCCCACCUGGCAGGGGAUCCAGUUGGCCAUUUCACUGCCCAACUUCCUCUUCCUGCUCUACUACUGGGUGGUUCCUGAAUCUCCUCGUUGGCUCCUGACGCGCAAAAAGCGAGAGAAGGCAUUAAAAAUCAUGCACAACAUUGCGAAACACAAUGGGAAGUAUCUCUCACCACAUUACUCAGAGAUCACUAUCAGCAAUGAGGAGGUCAGCAACCCCUCCUUCCUGGACCUGGUGAGGACUCCCUGGAUGAGGAGGAACACGUUCAUCCUGAUGUACGCAUGGUUCACAAGUGCUCUGACCUACCAAGGGCUUGUCAUGCGCCUAGGAAUUGUCGGAGGAAACCUCUACCUAGACUUCUUCAUCUCAGGAGCCGUGGAGCUGCCUGCCGCUCUCCUAAUUUUAGUGACAAUGGAUCGCAUUGGCCGGCGCCUUCCCUUUGGAAUAAGCAACAUUGUGGCGGGAAUUGCAUGCCUCAUUACGGCCUUCUUGCCAGAAGAUAUCCCAUGGCUCAAAACAACAGUCGCAACGCUGGGAAGACUGGGCAUCACGAUAGCUUUUGAAAUCGUCUAUCUUGUGAACACUGAACUGUACCCUACGACACUGAGAAACUUUGGUGUUUCUCUGUGCUCGAGUUUGUGUGACCUAGGUGGGAUCAUCGCCCCAUUCCUGCUUUUCCGAUUAGCAGCCAUUUGGUUGGAGCUACCUCUAAUUAUUUUCAGUAUUCUCGCAGUUGUCUGUGGGGUCCUAGUAUUGCUUUUACCGGAGACAAAGGGAAUCCCCUUACCAGAGACAGUGGAGGAUGUGGAGAAGCUUUCAAGUCAUUUUGGUAAAUGCGGCAAGAAACGGAAACCGCAGGACACCAACUCUUGUAUUUGA